CGGCUGAGCCAAGGGUCAGGGUCAAGGCACCAAGGGCUUCUGAAACAAGAUUCGCCUGCGGCCCUGGACAAGCAAGUUCCUUCCCCCCUGGUUGGGCUCGCUCCCGUGUAUCCCUUGCGUUGCGAUACUUGCCUUGACGAUUUGUUUGCCAGAAAUUCACCUCGCCAUUGAAUUAGCAAGACCGAUGCCAGGUGAAGCGCCAAAAGGAAGCCCAAGAAGACGUGCUGCAAGAGCGAGCCAGGGGAACCUGGAAGGCAAUACAAAGUUAGACCCCCGCAUACAUAUCCGCACAUGGUACAGUACAUGCCUACCUCCCUGAGAACUGACAGGCCGCCGAUCGUUUGAUCCCGUCUUCUCGUCUCGGCUGCCUGUGUAUUAUAUUAUUAUUUCGCUCUUCCCUCCGCUACGCAAACGCCAAAACCCUAGAGGCGGCUCCGUUACGCUGCUGCGGACUUUCAAUGUUCACCCAAUCCGCCGCAGUGCCCACCUCGCCGGGCUUCAUUGGAAGCACAACAACCGUCACCACUUCCCCAGCGUCACCGACCUCGAGGACCAGCCGGCUACGGGGCCUCAGUUACCUAAGGAACUACACUCAAACUCAUCUCUUGUCGCGAGAGCAGUCACCUCAACAUCAGCAGCAGAAUCAGAAUCAGCAUCAACAUCACUCAGCAGCCAGCCCGUCCGCCAUCUCAAACCACAACCCCAACCCGUUUGAUUCCUCGUCCCACUCGUCUUUUACAAACCCCAUCGACCUCGCGCGAUCAGCUUCUGAUUCGCCUCUCGCAAGCACGGCUACCACCAACCCCCCGCCCGCACGAUCGAGUCGCUUCUCGCUGCUGACCCCGGGCUCCCAUCCUCUUGCCUCGCCGCUAGAGCCGUCUAGAUCGGCACCGUCGCCGACCGUGGCAGCUGGGGAAGAGUCGACUGUGUCUACCGACCGAACUACAGAACAGGCAUCCUCGGCCGCCUCCUCAGCAGGCCCGGCGGCUACCACCAUGACGAGGACACGAUCGGCAACGGCGUGCGACGUCGUCAGAAGCAACAGCUCGGCGAACAUCGACGUCCUGCCGUCGAUCCGCUUCAGCACGUUCUACGACCCCCGAGCGCCACGCCCAUCCCUGACGUUUACUCCCGUUUCUCGUACCCUCCCAACAGGGAGCGAGGUCAUCCGCGUGGGACGAUACUCGGAACGUGACAGCCAGCCAAACAUACCGCCAAACAUACCGUCCGCCGCUCCCGUCGGCUUCAAAAGUAAGGUUGUCAGUCGGCGCCACUGCGAGUUCUGGUACGAGGACGGCAAGUGGUUCAUCAAGGACGUCAAGAGCAGCUCGGGGACGUUCCUGAACCACAUCAGGCUCAGCCCGCCGGGCACCGAGUCCAAGCCCUUCCCCAUCAACGAUGGCGAUAUCGUGCAGCUGGGCAUCGACUUCAAGGGGGGCGAGGAGAUGAUUUUCCGCUGCGUCAAGAUGCGGCUGGAGUUGAACCGUGGAUGGCAGAGCAAGCUGAACACCUUCAAUAUGACGACGCAUAAGCGGUUACGGAACAUGACGGCGAGUUCUGGAAAUGGAGCUGCGGAACAGUCCUACUCGCAGGAUUGUUCGAUAUGCCUCAACAGUAUUGCUCCCUGCCAAUGUCUCUUCGUCGCACCGUGCUCCCACACCUGGCACUACAAAUGCAUCAGAUCGCUCCUCUCCUCCCCGUCCUAUCCAAUCUUCAUAUGCCCAAACUGCCGCGCAGCCGCCGACCUAGAAGCCGAAGUGGAAGACCCCGAAGAAUGGGAACAACUGGACUCGGACGACGCGGGGAACGACCAAGCCGGCGGGGCCGAGCUCGCGGUCGUCGACAGCGGGACGAGUUCGGGGACGAGCGUCCCCGCCGCGACCGCCCCUCGAAAGUCUCGAGAGCCGUCGAUGGGCGUGCUGAUCCUACGGCAGUCCGCAGCAUUAGCGGCGGCGUCAGCCCCGCCGGCACAGGCGCAGCCUCCGCCGCCGGACCCGAUGGACGUGACCAUGCAGCUCGACUCGCCGCCGCAAGAAGAAGAAGAAGAGGAAGAGGAGGAGGAGGAGAUGCCCGACCACCACCCCGCCGACAGGCCCGACACACCGCCGUCAGACGCCGCCGACAACCUCGCCCCGUACGGCACCCCGGUGUCCCACCACGCCACGUCGGACCCCGUCCCGAUACCCUCGUCGGCAGCAGCCGCGGCGGCGGCGAGGACUCCGUCGCCAACGACGACGGGGACGGCGAACGGCCGCGCCAACGCCAACGCCACGGCGCUGAGCGGGCCCGAGGGCCCCAUCACGCCGCGCAACGACGCCGGCCCCUGGGUCUUUGACGGCAGCGGGGUCAGGAUGCGUGGCGGCGAGGCGGCCGCGGUCGGGCAUGGGCAUGGGCACGGGCGUGCUCAGGCGCUUGCGCAGGCGCAGGUCAUUAGUCUUGAUGCUGCGGCUAAUGGGGAUGGUAUGGACCUUAAUGGUGCAUAGGUGGGAAGGGGGGUUGGAGGAUUUAAUUUAUUUGGGUUUUCUUUUUCUUUUUUGGCAUGGCAUGGCAUGGCAUUGCAUGGCGUGGUUUGUGGUUCGUGGUGUGGGCGGAGAUGACGAGGAGGAAAGAUAGGAGAAGUUUGGAUGGAGGCUGGUUAUCUGUCACGGCGGACCUGGCUAACUGUGUUUCUCUCUGACAUCGUUGUUUGCUGUGGCGGUUGUCGUUGCACAUUAACCGGCGUGAUGGGAAGGUUC